UUCUGUGACGAGGCGUUGGUGCGGCCUUCCGGCCACUUCCAUCACCACCUCUUCCGUGGGUAGGACUUGUUCGAUUCGGACAUGGCGGUUUAAUCGUUGCGUCCUGGUGCCCUUGCGAGCGCGAUUUGGCGAGCUGCGAGUUUUGAACGUCGCCGUAGUGAUAAUGGAGUGACGAGUUUCCAAACGGUCCUGAUGUUGGACCUCGCACGAACAUUGUGCUUUUUCGUUGGGAGCAAGCGUAGCGCUACCAGGAACCUCUUGUGUAAAUGGAAGAAAGCUUCAAAUCAGUUUGAAGCUUUCUGUGUGGUAUUCAUGGAACUAUGAACCUAGAUUCGUUGUCUUUUGCUUUGUCUUAUAUUAGUUAUUCUGUGCCCAGCUUGACAAAGAAGAACUUCAAGUCCAGUGGUCAAGAGAUAUCCCGCCUUAUCGCCCUGCAUGGGUUUGAGGCAGAGCGGCAUCUGCUUCGUUGCCUUUUUUCCCACGUUGACUUCAGUGGUGAUGGUAAAAGUAGUGGAAAGGACUUCCAUCAGACCCAGUAUUUGAUCCAGGAGUUCAGCUCUGUUCUUUCCAAGCCUAAUUUUGUGUCAACUGUGUGUUUUGCUAUUGAAAAUCCUCUUCAUUAUCAAAAAAGUCUUCGACCGAGCGCCUUGUUACUUCCCCACAUCAGCCAUGUACUACGGUUAAAUCGUGUGCAAGAAGUUGUUCUUGGCACUUGUUUGCUUUAUUCGUCCAGUGCAGAUCUGUGCAAUUGUGCUACACAGUUUAUCCGACUGAAGCUUCCUGACCUUUUACAAUCUUACACAGACUCAGACUUAUCCACGCAAGAGAGUGAUCUUCAGGACUGUAGUCCCGAGGUUCUUCACCUUUUGCUUGUAGAUUUAUUAAACAAGAACUCUGAGCACUUUGGAGUCACUAAUGAACUGAAGGAGUCUUUUUUUGAGAAUCUCCGUAAAGAUUUUCCUCGGGAUAGAGUGCCAGUUGUUUUAGCACCACUGUUGUAUGGUGAAGCAUGUGAUGUGCUGCUGGUAAAAGGAAUGACUGAACCAGCCUCAAACAUGUCGAAAGCAAUGGAAUUGUCACCUAUUGAUCUCAUCAAAGAAUUGGGUUAUGGCUUUACUGCAAGUGUGGAAGAAUGUCGUCAGAGCUUGGUCCAAGUGGGUCUUCGAGACCCUGGGCCAAGCAUGGUGGCCAGAGUGCUGUCCAUGAUGGCCAACACUCACACGGGUCUUUCUGAGCCACUGCAAGGCCUUGGGUCAUCAGCGACGUCUCCUUGGAACGCCGACAAAGAUGCCAACACAAGCCAUAUUACCUGGAAUAUUGACAUAUUCAUUCAGGCACUUUAUGACCUGGUACCUACACUGAGCUGGAAGGAAGUGGUUAGUGAACUGGACUUUCCAGGCUUUUUUGUGAAGGACCGUCAAGGCCUGAAGCUCCUCUGGCAUGGCUUGUGUAGAGGGCUCGGUAGUGAGCCCUUCCCUACUGACCGCUUGUACAGAGUUUGGAGGAACCCGGACUCCCAGCUGUCGUUAUUCCACCAGAUUAUGAAAAAUUCUGACAUUGUUUGCCUGAUCGACUACAAGUACCGGCCAGUGUCGAUGGAUAUUUUGAAGGCACUUCCUGAAGAUGACAACAGAGACAUAGCCAAUUGGAAGUCUUUGGAUCUUGUAGAAACUCUUCUGAACUUGUCAGAGAAAGUGCAGUACUCAUCACAUGUACAUGACUUGUUCAAAUAUCCCGUUCAACAUUGUCCCGACUUGCUGAUGCUUGGGCUUCUACAAGCUAUGGGACCCAUGCAAGGGUUUCGUCAGGAACUGUUGACAAACCUUGUAUUUGUGUUUCUCAGCAAUCAUCCGAAUUCUGCAAUAGUGUUGCAGGCAGCUUGGAAUGUUCAGAAUCACGCAAAUGUCGUUCGGCCCUUGAUAAUGCACACCAUGGCUGACUGGUACAUGCGUGGUGGAGAAAGUGAGCAAGGGCGUUUGUCCCGAAUUCUGGAUGUUGCUCAGGACCUAAAGGCCCUCUCUGUGCUGCUAAGCAGCAACUCCUUUCCUCUGGUGAUUGACUUGGCCUGCUUGGCCUCACGCAGAGAAUAUCUCAAGCUUGACAAGUGGCUUACUGACAAGAUCUUCGAGCACAAGGAGGCAUUCAUUCAAGCCUGUGUCAAUUUCCUGAAGCGUAGGUGUCCCCAGAUUAUGGGUGGCAUAGUCAAGGAGGAGAAUUUGCCGAAAAGUGCUCAACUACCAGCUGAAACAUUGGCUACUAUGCUUUCCUGUCUCCAGCAAUAUGCAGGGAGUGUUAGUCAGGAGCUUUCGGAAACUAUCUUGACAAUGUCCGGAAAUUGUAGUAUUCUGCUAAACAAGCCACGCCAACCACCACCUGGUGUUGUUAAAACACCUAGGGGCUUGGAGCCAGCAUUUUCAGCCGCCAGCCUCAAUCCAUCUCAAGCUCCUCAGCAGCAACAACAGCAGCAGCAACAGCAGCAGCUGGAAGUCCUCAGCUCUUUAGGAAGCCUUUCCAUGAAUGGCCCAACUACAGCGCAAGCCCCACCAAUUGGUGUGGGAGGGGGCCCACCCCUAUUUGGCAGUUCAUUUGCCACUCCAGGCUCACCAGCCAAGCUUUUUGGUGCACCCCCAAGUGCAACUGGUUCAACUGGACCACCACCCCCGGCUCAAGGAACUGGCUUUUCUAACGUCAUGCCCAGCCUUGGAGAUGUAGCAAGCAUCCUCCCUGAAAUGAACCAGCCUGUGUCAAAAGAAAUUGAAGAUGAAGCUAAUGGAUAUUUUCAACGCAUUUACAACCAUCCUCCACAUCCAACUUUGUCCAUUGCUGAGGUUUUGGACAUGCUGAAACGUUUCCAAGAGUCUCCAAUCAAGUCUGAGAGGGAUGUGUUCAAUUGCAUGAUAAAGAACCUGUUCGAAGAAUACAGGUUCUUUCCACAGUAUCCUGAGAAAGAGCUCAUUAUAACAGCACAACUUUUCGGAGGCAUUAUUGAACAGAGUCUCGUAACAUACAUGGCUUUGGGUUUGGCCCUUCGCUAUGUUUUGGAUGCUCUCCGCAAACCGUUUGGUACCAAGAUGUACUACUUUGGCAUCACUGCUCUGGACCAGUUCAAAACAAGAUUGAAAGACUACCCACAGUAUUGCCAGCACUUGGCAUCCAUUCCACAUUUCAAGGACUUUCCUGAACAUCUAAGAGAGUAUGUUGACUGUGGUGCACGGUCUCAGGAGCCUGUGAAUCGUCCCCAGGGUCAGACCUUGCCUCACAAUCUGGCUAUGUUGGCUCAGGGUCUAAACCCAGCAGGAGCACCCCAAAGUUCAGCAGUACGAGCGGCACCUGCUGCAGUGCCUACGUCCAGUGCAGGUGUGACAGCUACCACGGUAGUGCUCGCAAAGUCCACCACAGUUGGGGGAAAGCCAUCCAUUGCCAACCCCACAAACAUAGAUACAUUGCUGGUUGCCACUCAAAAGGAUGAUAAGCUGCUAAUACCUCCAGAAGCUGUCCAAGACAAAGUGGCCUUUAUCAUCAACAAUCUUUCCCAGAUGAAUCUUCCCCAGAAGACUGAGGAGUUCAAGGAGGUUGUGAAAGAGGAAUAUUGGCCUUGGUUUGCCCAGUACAUAGUGAUGAAGAGAGCAUCUAUUGAACCUAAUUUUCAUACUCUGUAUGCCAAUUUUCUGGAUACUGUCAAGAAUGAGGAGCUUUCAGUGCUUGUGCUCCGGGAAACAUUUCGCAAUAUCAAAGUUCUUCUGACCAGUGAUAAGGCAAUAGCCAAUUUUUCUGACCGAUCUUUGUUGAAAAGCCUCGGUCAUUGGCUAGGAAUGUUAACCAUAGCAAAAAAUAGGCCUGUGCUUCAAGCUGACAUAGAUCUGAAGUCGCUACUUAUUGAGGCGUACCAUAAAGGUCAACAGGAACUGCUUUAUGUGGUGCCAUUUAUUGCCAAAGUCCUGGAAUCCAGUGCAAAAAGCAGGGUUUUCAAGCCUCCCAACCCCUGGACUAUGGGAGUUUUGGAUGUACUGUCGGAGUUACACCGAGAACCAGAGUUGAAGCUGAACCUGAAGUUUGAAAUUGAGGUUUUGUGCAAGACAUUAAACCUGGACAUCAAUGACUUCAAGCCAGGUAUAAUACUGAAGGACCAAGAGCUUCGCAAACGAUUGGACCCACAGCUAUCUCCUCGACACAAGGUUGAUAGCCCCGCACUGCCCCCUUCUGUGGUACCUCCCACGGCAGCACCACCUUCUGCUGCCCCUCCACCUUUGGCACCCCAGGUACCUUCAGGGGUUGUGACCGCGGCAGCAGGUCCUGGAAUACCUGUAGCACAGGUGGGGUUGCCGCCACCACAGCCUGAGGAGGCACCUGCAACAUUGGGUGUAUCUGGGACAUCAAUAGGCGCUUUUCCACAGCCGCAAUUUUCCUACCAGGAAAUCAAUGUGCUUUCUAUGACCACUUUAGCUCAGCACAUCCAAAUAAACAGCCAGCUUCCACUAUUUCAGGCACAUCCUCAUUUGAAACAGUAUGUGCGCACAGCGAUCGAUCGUGCGAUCCAGGAAUGGAUUAUGCCAGUAGUGGAACGCUCUCUGAAAAUUGCUCUUACUACAUGUGAUCAAAUUGUUCGAAAGGACUUUGCUUUGGAUCCUGAAGAGUCCCGGUUGCGUGCAGCUGCCCACCACAUGGUGCGGAGCCUGACAGCUGGGAUGGCUAUGAUUACUUGCAGAGAUCCUAUGUUGGUGACCAUCAGCAACAAUCUGAAAGCUGCCUUUCACACAGCACUGAGGCUGCAAGGAGCAAGCCUACCACAAAAGGAGCUUUUGGAGCAGGCAACCACAGUAGUCGCCCAAGAGAAUGUGGAACUGGCCUGUUGUUUCAUCCAAAAGACUGCCAUCGAGAAAGCCAUUCCUGAGAUUGACAAGAAGCUUAGCCAGGAAUACGAGUUCCGCAAAAGUGCUCGCAGUGAAAACCGGCGCUACUGUGACCCUGUCGUCUUGACCUACCAAGCUGAGCGGAUGCCUGAGCAGAUUCGACUCAAGGUUGGUGGUGUGACUCCUCAGCAAAUGGCAGUAUAUGAGGAAUUCGCCCGGAACAUCCCUGGUUUCCAACCUAUUUCUGAAAGAGAUCAGCCUUCCUUGUUUAUUCCAAAGCCGGUGGUGCGACAAACUGGCUUUGCGAGUUCUGUUGAUGACAUGACAAAUUUGUAUGAUAAGAUCAUUUCUGAGUUGGAGCAGCAGGUUCAUGGACUCUUAGGUACUGUUGUGCCCUCAAACCCACAAGUGGCAGCCCUCCAUUUGCUACAUGAAGCAGUGCUGGUGGCACGGAACUCAAGAGAAGCUGUCACAGCCAUGGCUUUGCUUCAAAAGACAGUGGAGAGUAUGGCUGAAGGGCUCAGUCAUUCGCUGGGAGCAGACCCCGAGACUGCGCUGCGCUUUCGUGAGGCCCACCUGGCAGUGCUGAAGACACUGGCCGAGGGUUACGGUCACCCGUGGGCAGCCAAGCAUAUAACGCGCUUCCUUCUGGAGCUGCGCGAAGAGAUACGUUGGAAUGUGGAUGUAGUGGACCCUCUGGUGCGAUCAGGCCUGCUGGUGUUGGCCACUUUUGACUUGCAUCUGGCUCAGUCCAUGGAGAAUGGCAUGAACUACCCGGCGGUCGACUUUGCCAAGCAGUUGGUGCGCUUGUACUUCUCCGAAGCUCGUCAUGGUGAUUACAACCUUUCGGAGUCCGACCUGUGCAAUACCUUAGAGGCACUUGUGCGCAUCAAUGCUCACUCGAGGCAGCCACAAGAGGGAUUAUCCCAAGUGAUGGAGAUGCUGCGUAGUGGAAGUGGCGGAGGCGCAGUGGAGUACGGGGGUGUGCCUAGCAGUGGGCCGAUGUCAAUGAUGCACUCGGGCAUCAGCCAGGCACGCGAGUACGAUGACCCACCUGGCCUGCAUGAAAAGACAGAAUUUCUGCUGCGAGAGUGGGUAUCGAUGUACAACGCUCCUACUGCUGGCAAAGAUUCUACCAAGGCGUUCCAGAUAUUUGUGCAGCAAAUGAACGUGCAAGGUAUUUUGAAGACUGACGACUUGAUCACCCGAUUCUUUCGUCUGAGCACAGAGAUGUGUGUGGAGCAUUGCUACCGGGCCCUCCUGGACCAGACACCCAACAAUGCAACCAUUGUUCGCUCAAAGUGCUUCAACUCUCUUGAUGCAUACAUGCGCCUGAUAGCCUUGCUGGUCAAGCUCAGUGGAGAUGCAUCCAACCCAACAACCAAAGUCAACCUCCUCAACAAGGUGCUUGGCAUUGUGGCAGGUGUAUUGCUUCAGGAUCAUGAAUCACGGGGCCUGGAGUUUCAACAGCUUCCUUACCAUCACAUUUUUAUGAUGCUUUUCCUUGAGCUGAGUGUCGAGGCAGUUCUGGAAGCCAUUGGCUUUCAUGUGUUGAUGGCCUUCUGCAAUACUCUGCAUGUUACGCAGCCAUGCAAAGCUCCUGCUUUUGCUUACUCCUGGCUAGAACUCAUCUCACACCGUGUGUUUUUGGAGCUCCUUGCUCUGACUCCACAACAGAAAGCAUGGGGAAUGUUUGCCCCGCUGCUCAAUGACUUGUUCAAGUUUCUGGCUCCCUUGCUUCGCAUUGUGGAUCUUGAGAACCCCAUCCAGCUUCUUUAUAAGGGCACUUUGCGGGUGCUGCUGGUGCUGCUCCAUGACUUUCCAGAGUUUCUGUGCGAUUUUCACUAUGAUUUCUGUGACUUGAUUGCAGCAAACUGUAUUCAAAUGCGCAAUCUAAUCCUUAGUGCAUUUCCUCGACACAUGCGACUGCCUGAUCCUUUCACACCGAACCUGAAGGUGGAAGUACUGCCAGAAAUCACGCAAGCCCCUAGAGUCCUCACCAAUUUUGCUUCAGUCAUCCAGCCUCAGAGCUUCAAAAAGGAUUUGGACUCCUAUAUCAAAACAUGGGGUCCUGUGACAUUUCUAUCAGAACUUCACAGCAAUCUUCAGGAAACAACUGAACCUGGCAUUAACUACAAUGUGCCAUUGAUGAAUGCACUGGUGCUCUAUGUGGGCACCCAGGCUAUUGCUUACAUUCAAAGCAAAAGCCCGAUUCCCAGCAUGAGCACAAUUACUCAUUCAUCGCACAUGGACAUAUUCCAGAACGUGGCUGUUGACUUGAACACUGAAGGACGGUACCUUUUCUUGAAUGCAAUUGCAAACCAGCUACGGUACCCAAACAGUCAUACCCAUUACUUCAGCUGUACGCUGCUGUACCUGUUUGCUGAAGCGAACACUGAAGCCAUCCAAGAACAAAUAACAAGGGUAUUGCUCGAGCGCCUCAUUGUGAAUCGUCCACACCCAUGGGGUCUCCUAGUAACCUUUAUCGGCCUGAUCAAGAACCCAACAUUCAAGUUCUGGAGCCAUGAAUUUGUGCGUUGUGCUCCAGAAAUUGAAAAGCUGUUUGAAUCUGUGGCAAGAUCUUGCAUGUAGCAGAAGUCACCCACAGAACCUUCUGGUUAGGAUGAUCCUGAUGGAUGCAUUGUAUAUAAAUUUUCGUUCUAGUAAUGAACUCAACACGAAAAUAUUUUCAAGAUUAAACUUACUUUUACACUUAUUUUAAAGAUUGCAGUCUAGUAAUGAACUCACCUUUUUUGUUGAAUUUUAAAGAUUGCAUUGUAGUAAUGAACAUUGUAGUAAUGAGCUCUAUGUACAAAAAAAGGCUUGCUUUCCCAUUAUUUCUAUUCCACAACUCUGUGGAAGAAUAAAUGGUUGAAAGCAU